AUGCGCAGACGUCUAUGGAGCGCUAUUGGUUUUCUCGACAUUCAAGCUUCGACAGACCGCGCAUCCGAACCCAUGAUGCAAGUCGACUGGCUACAAUCUCAUCCCCCUUCCAAUGUCAACGACCACGACAUCAGCUUUGAAAUGAAUAUCCCCGUACAAGAGUCCACCGGUUUCACAGACAUGACAUUUACCAUGAUCACCCUCAAAGCGCAGUGCAUCUCACGCAUUCUCAACUUUCCCAAUGCCGUUUCACCGAGCGUCGAGUCCAUCAACUCGCGCCACCAGUUAGUCCUAGACUUCCAGCAUACGGCAUCAACCCUCCUUCAAAAUGCCCAACCCAGCACAAUCGCCUUCCACUGGUUCGCCAGCAAAGUCGCCGAAUGCAUCAACGCGUCCAUGCAACUAGUCGUUCUGCGACCUCUCCAGCAGCACCCCAAGUACCUUCCUCCGCGAGUCCACGGUGACCGUCUCCUCAAACUCGCCAUCGAUGUUCUCUUGAGGAACCACGAAAUCCGCAAUAACCCUCGCACCCUCCCCUGGCGUUGGAUCGAAUACACCUUCGUCCCGUGGCAUGCGCUCGCCGUAGCUGCUUCCGAACUCUGUGUCUGCGAAGACCCCGUCCUGAUGGCCAGAUGCUGGGCCCCUGUCGAGCAAGCAUAUGCGCAACUGGGUUAUCUAAUUGCGGAUACAUCUAAUGGUCGAUUCUGGAAACCCAUGGAAAACAUCAUGGCUCUGGCACGAAUGAGAAAAGAGCAACUACUGCGGCCGCAGCCUUCAAUCCAAGAUCAUGCAAACAACACGGCUAUCCCUCCCCUCGAUACGAUCGGCCUAGGCCCCUGGCCCAGCGUCUGGGACGCCGUUGACUGGACCAACCCGCUCGGAGCAAAUGAGAUGUCGUGGUUGAAUUACGAGAAUUUUUUGGGGGAUUUGCGUGGAAUCGCUGACUAG